CCUUUUUUUAGAUCUAGACGCUGCAGCUUCGCAUUUCUGCAACCUCGUAAAUGCUUAAUCAAUUUUUGGGAUGUUGAAGAAAAAGUAGUAGUCGAGGUUCCCAAUUCACGUCAGUUUCCGUUCAAUUCGAGGUGGUGGCGCUCCGAGACAUUCAUACAUACAUAUUCAUACGUAUACACAUACAUACAUAUACCAAUUGUACAUGCAUAUCAUCAAUACAUACACGUACAAUAGGAGCCGGUAUAGUGUGCUAUAAUCUGCGAUGAGAGGUUUGCCACACACCUCGAAGGGAUCCCACGCUCUCUGUUUUUCUUGUCUUUUUUUUUUCUUGGUGGUGUGUCGCCUAGACUUACUAUACUCCCUCUCUCCCUCUCUCCCCCGUCCCCUUCAUAAUGUUUGAUCUUUCCUCCUGAAAUGCCCAAUCCGCCCUAAAUGAAGGGUUCAUGUCUGCCUAUCCUCUCGUGGCUGCUGCUCGCGGGAACGGGAUGCCUGGCACAGCGAAGCGGCUUAGCGGAAACGCAUGGCCUGGCCAGGCGCGGCGUCGACAACCCCGGCCCCGAAAACUUCAUCCGGUAUAGAUAUCCUACAGUCGUCACACUCGGCAACUACGUCUACAUCGAUGGCGGCGAACUAUCACAGAAGGAAAACGGUACCGUGGCGACUAACAGCACUCAGUCGGGCCAAACCUAUCCUUCAUACGCCGUAAACUCAACACUUUCCCUGAACCUAAGCGAGUCAUGGACGAACGAAACAGCCCGGUUCCAAGUAAUUCCCAAGACGGCACCCCUCCUCGACCAGCAAAUAUAUUGGUCUGACGCCUCCACGAAUGGCUUCUACACCUGGGGCGGAAUGGCGGUGGGGUCCGAAUCGCCACCGGCAAAUGAGCUUUGGCUAUUCAAUGCUGACGGCGCUGGGGCCGGGACGUGGGCGCAGGUGACACAGGGCGAUUUCCGAGAUUUCUCCCAACUGUAUCGCCCCGUGGGUGCGUCGUUCACGCAGAGUGGCCAUGUAGGCUACGCAUUCGGCGGCCAGGCCACCUCCCAGACCGACCGCUCGAUCCAGAAGCCUUACCCCGGAUACGCCUUGCCAGGCCUGGUAUCGUAUAACUUUCAGACCGGCGAUUGGACGAAUACUUCGACGAGCAAAUACCAGGGAUAUGGGACGAGCGUGAACGGGCGGGCUGAAUAUGUCCCGUUUGGAUCGGACGGGCUGCUGCUCUUUUUUGCAGGCGCCGAAACGCCCAUCGACAUAAUAGAGGAUAGCACUGUACAGAUCAACUGGAAUAAAGUCACCUUGUUCAAUCCGAUAACGGGGAAGUGGUAUACGCAAGAGACGAGUGGAAUGAGGCCCCAGUUAGUGGAGCGUGCAUGUAGCGUUGGAGUUCGGGGGCCCAAUAGCACGUACGAAAUAUACCUAUAUGGCGGCACAUCGAUACAAUUAGGGGGUACAUCUUCGGACGUAUAUGUACUCUCAUUGCCUGGAUUUGUCUUCUUCAAAUCUCAGAUGCAGGGCACGCCGCGUGCGGACCAUGCUUGCGCAGUAGUUGGUAAUGGAAAAAGACAAAUGCUCAGUUUUGGCGGUGUCGACGGCGGACCCGAACUUCAGUCUUCCCUCACUACACCUGAUCCGUGGAAGCAGGGACUUGGGAUUUACGAUAUGAGCGAGAUGACAUGGAAAGAUUCAUACGACCCGGAUGCGGCGGAUUACGAGACUCCAAAUGUUGUAAUGGAAUGGUAUAGAAAUGGAGGCAUGGAAAAUAUCAGCUGGGACAGUAACGAAGUGAAAGGAUUAUUCUUUAAUAGUAGCUCAGCUACGAUUGGCGCCGGUGUCAACUCAACGGAUGGUUCCUCGGGCAACUCAAGUCGAAAGACUGGCAUCAUUGCUGGUAGCACAGUGGGAGGUGUGGUGGUGCUUGCCAUUGUCGGUGGCGUGGUGUUUUCAUUAAUACGGCGAAAACGGCGCAACCAAUACCGCCGCCCAAGUACAACGACCGAGAUAAUAAGUGAGUACCGGCCAGAGCCCUGGCCAAAAGACUCGCCUCGUUUACGGUCGGUCACCCCUGGAACUAUGGUGUCCUCACCAACACCAACAGAGCCGAUAGAAAUAAGUGGCACAGCGAGAGAAGAACUGCCAGCUGAGGAUGUAGGAUGGACAUACGAACUCCCAGCACACACGCCGAAUAUGAGGUCUGAACUUCCAGAUAGAAAUUUCUGAAUUUAAUAUAAUGUUAUUCUGCAUUUGCGGUGUUAUCCAGCAUCGGGUGAUCCAUUCGACUUCAAAUUGUCAGUCCAACCUCUGAUAGGCGUGGUUGAGAGGUAAAACACAGACAACUGAAGGGUAUUACUCUGCAGAACGUUUGAUCGUUGUGAAACUCAUUCCAAGCGCAAGGCCCCUGAUUAAGAGUCCACAUAAUACAGGUAUAUAUCUUACUUUCAGGGUACAGUAAGUGAGUA